AGGAAAAGCCUAGUAAUAAGCGGCGUCAGCACAGAUGCCUGGCUGUCUAAUGUGUUUAUGUGGAUAAGUUGUGUUUAAGCUCCGAUGGAUGUCGUUAUUUAUCUCGCAGCGGCGGCGAUUUUAAUUGUCCUGAUAAUAUUCGCUGUUAAAAUCCGUGGACGCACAGCUGAAGUAGCCGAUCAAGAGGACCGCCAGAAUGUCGUUGCACGAGUUGCAGCACCGCCUCGCGUGGCAGAGGAUCGGGGCGCAGGAAUGCCACGGCGUCGCAGAGGCCUGGACAGGAUGAUGGCACAGAGACGUGCGCAGCGAGACGCCGCCGAGAUCGAAAACAUUGCUGCAGAGGUAGAUGAGGAUGAGGAGGUGGAUGAUGAACGAUCCCAGGCGGAAGAGAGACCUCAGGCUACUGGAAAAGUGGGCGCUAAGAAGCAGAGGAAGCUGGAGGAAAAGGAAGCCAGGAGAGCGCAAAGACAGGUGGAGAUGGAGGAGCGAGAAGAGAGGAAGCGCAUGCAGGAGCUGAGGGAACAGGAGAGAAAGAAAGAAGAAGAGAAGGAGAGAUUGCAGGAACAGAAAGAGGAGGAGGAGAUGCGUCGUGCUAAGGAGGAACAGGAAAGGAAAGAGGAAGAGGAGUACCAAAAACUCAAAGCAUCCUUCAUCGUUGAGGAGCAGGGAGAAGCAGAGGAGCUGACCGAACAAGAGUCUCGCAACCUGCUUCAAGAGUUUAUCCAGUAUGUCAAGGACUCUAAAGUAGUGCUGUUAGAGGACUUGGCGUCACAUUUUGAAAUGCGCACUCAGGAUGCCAUCGCCAGACUGCAGGACCUGAUAGCAGAAGGUUCUAUUACAGGAGUGAUUGAUGACAGGGGGAAGUUUAUCUUCAUUACUCCAGAGGAGCUGGAUGCCGUGGCUCAGUUCAUCAAACAGAGAGGAAGAGUGUCUAUAUCUGAACUUGUACAAGCCAGUAACAUGCUCAUCAACCUGAGUCCGAUAAUUCAACCCACGUCUUGAAGACACACACACACACACACACACACACACAAUAAUAUCAGCAGAUGAUUGUUUCUGAACACACUGAUGAUAACAUUUUUGCCAGCCAUGCAAUUUCUAUUUUUUAAAUAAAAGUGGACUGAAUUAUUA